CAGCUGGGCACGCAACCACGCGGUUUCAUUUUUCAUUUUAUUUUUGCAUCGAUCUCGUCGUCUUCGAGCUCUAUCCCUCCCUGACUCAGAUCAUCGGGGCUUCCAUGGACGAGGUACUCACUGCUGCUGAUGCCUCAUCAAAUGGAUCUGCAUCAUCACAGCCGUCCAUUCUUCCCUACAAUCUCCCCCUCCUCUCUGCCUUCCUGUCCUGCGCUCUCGCUCAGUUUCUCAAGCUCUUCACUACCUGGUACAAAGAGAGAAGAUGGGAUUCCAGAAGAAUGCUUGGGUCAGGAGGAAUGCCCUCAUCGCAUUCCUCAACUGUGACGGCGUUGGUAGUUGCUAUUGGUUUACAGGAAGGAACCGGAGGGUCUGCAUUUGCCAUUGCCGUAGUUUUGGCAUGUGUUGUCAUGUAUGAUGCCACUGGUGUAAGACUUCAUGCUGGUCGUCAAGCUGAAUUAUUAAAUCAAAUAGUGUGUGAGCUACCUCCAGAACACCCUGUUUCUAGUGUUAGACCUCUGCGGGAUUCACUUGGUCAUACUCCAUUGCAGGUUCUCGCAGGUGCAGUGUUGGGAUGUAUAGUAGCGUAUCUUAUGAAAAGUUCCAGCUAGCAGAUAAUUAGUACAACACAGGCUUUAGCGGUGAUUUGCAUUUCCACAAAAGAUUUCUCAACAUUUUUUCCCCCGCCGAUAGUGAAAGGAUUUAGCAAAAAGAAUGCCAAGUUUGUACCCAGGAAUUCAACUGUAAAAUCGCUAGAAAGUGCGUUUUAAUUUCCUUCAACAAUUGGCUGUAUGAUAAUAUGAUUGUUUACCCAAUUAUAUAAAGAUGAUUUUCAGCUUGGAUACUUA